UCGACAUUGUAGUCAUAUUCGUGUGUGUGUGUGUAAGUGUGCGUGUGUGGACGCGUGGACAGGACGACACAGCCAUGGGACAGACACUGACUACUCCUCUAUCUUUGACUCUGACUCAUUUCUCGGACGUCCAGGCAAGAGCUCGCAAUCUAUCCGUUGAGGUUCGAAAAGGUCGAUGGCGAACUUUUUGUUCAUCGGAGUGGCCCACCCUAUCUGUAGGGUGGCCCCGGGACGGGACUUUUGACCUCUUUGUUAUAUUACAGGUUAAGACAAAGGUAAUGGAUCCUGGACCACAAGGUCAUCCAGAUCAAGUGGCCUAUAUCCUCACCUGGGAGGAUCUCAUCCGGAAUCCUCCGGCAUGGGUGAAACCCUUCCUUCCUUCCUGCCCCACUUCUCAGUCUACCCUCCUUCCCCUGAAAACCUCCAAAAACCGAGCCUCAACCCAAACUCCAGAUCCGCCCAAACCGGUUUUUCCCGAUGAGUCCCAAAGGGACUCCCUCCUCCUAGACGCUUUGUCUUCGCCGCCCCACGCCCCCGAAGAGACUUCACCGCCCCACAACCCCCUCUUACUACCUCCACCCUAUAAUUCACCCCUGGCCCCCGUCUCCGUCCUGUCCCCGGUGCCCCCUACUUCCCCUCCUGCCUCCAGUUCCUCCUCCCCCUCCCCAACUUCU